AUGGGAUUCUCAGAGAGAUGGAUAAACUGGAUAUGGCAAUGCUUAUCAACUGUCUCAUACUCCUUCAAGAUUAAUGGUGAUCAGAAAGGCUUUGUCACUCCCAAGAGAGGGAUAAGACAAGGGGAUCCUCUAUCCCCCUAUUUGUUCUUAAUCUGUUCUGAGGGUCUAUCAAACCUGUUGCGAAGAGCUGAGGCAAGCAAACUGAUAUCAGGUAUUAGUAUCAGUCGAAGAGGCCCAUCAGUAUCACAUUUGUUCUUUGCUGAUGAUACUUUAGUUUUUUGUAAAGCCAGCCCAGAUCAAGCUGAGGAACUCAUGAACGUUCUAGUCACAUAUGAAAGAGGCUCUGGUCAGAUGGUAAACUAUGACAAAUCAUCCGUGUUUUUCAGUAAGAACACACCGGAGGGGGAGAAAGUUUGCUGUUUGCAGAAAGUUAGGAAAUGUCCAAAUGGUAAACCAAGGUAA